AUGAUGAAGCUAAAAACGCACAUCCUUUUAGAUCACGAUUUGGACCCGCGCAUAAUGAUGCUUAGCUCUCCAGACCAAGUUCUACAAGUUGCACUACAACUGGCUAUAAAUCAAAAGCAGCGCAUCAUUUUACCGGUGCUGGGCCUGUUGCAACUGUACCAGCUCACUUUGAUGCCACUAGACCCCUCCUCUAGCAUUCGAAAGACUUUCCACCCUCCCUACUUUCCGUUUAUACGCCAGUCAACUGUAUCCUCCGUCAAGAUGGGUUAA